AUGAUUGCGGCUCGGCUAUUCAUUCUUGUGGCCGUAAACUGGGGAGUAUGUGCAGCGGGGCCAACGGUCCGACUUGACGGGGGAUGGAUCGAAGGAGAGACUGUCCAGUUUACGGAGCCAAACUUCCUCAAAGUAAACAAGACCGUUGAUAUUUACAAGAACAUAUCGUACACCGAGCCACCCACCGGGACCAACCGGUUCAAGCCACCGAUUAAGAAGGAGCCGUGGCGGGGUAGACUGCCGUGUUUUGGCCGGUUCAAACCGGCCUGUAUGCAGACAUUCCCUUCCCUGAGUGGCACAGACGAGGACUGCCUUUUCGUCCAUGUUUACGCACCACAAAAUCUGUCUCCCAAUGCAGCCGUUAUGGUGUUCCUCCACGGUGGAGCGUACGUAUUUGGCUCCGGCUCCAUGCCAGAAUACACAGGCUAUCCGUUAGUCUCCGUCGGUGACGUCAUCUUGGUCACUGUCAACUAUCGUCUUGGACCGUUCGGGUUUAUGACAACAGGUGAUUCUGUACUACCAGCGAAUGCGGGGAUGUUAGACCAAGUGAUGGCUCUCGAAUGGGUCAGAGACAACAUCGAAAAUUUCGGGGGUGAUCCUGGUCAGGUGACACUCUUCGGUGAGAGUGCUGGGGCGAGCAGUGUAGGUCUUCACAUGUUAUCUAAGAUGAGCAGUGGUCUCUUCCAGAGAGCGAUUAUGCAGAGUGGUGUUUCAACGACUACAUUUGCCUAUCGACGUGAUAUCAAUGAGAUUAUACGAGAAACACAUGAUAUAGCGACUGCAGUGGGAUGCGGUAACCAAACAUCGCUGGAGAUGGUGUUGUGUAUGAGAAACGUCUCCGCCAGGGAACUGCUCUUGAGAGCCUUUGAGGUCACGAUUUCCUUCCAGCCAGUUGUCGAUGGUUCUUUCCUUCACGACUACCCUGAAACACUUCUACAAAAAGGUGACUUCCAAAAAGUCCCGAUACUACUUGGGAACCUUGUCGACGAGGGCGCCACCUACGUCCUCAUAGUGAACACAAGAUCGUUCAAUUCAAAAACACCUCCUUACAUGAGCAGGGACGAUUUUCUAGAAGCCAUUCCCAGAUAUCUAUACGAGGCUGAUACAGAUGCGGUCAAACUCGCCCUGGAUACGUUCUAUGCAAACGCUACGCAGUUGGCCAACUCGUCCGCCGACUACCUGGAAAACUUCAUCCGAAUUACAACAGAUCAGAGUUGGACAGCACCGGCAGACUUCGUGGCCAAGGCGCACGUCAGGGGAGGCUCGACCGUCUACAUGUACCAAAUGACCCAUGACCCGACAGUCUCGGUAAUGGACGUGUUCGCACUUGGCCCCGCCUGGCUUGGGGCAGCCCACGGGGAGGAUAUUCCUUUUGUCUUCGGCAAUGCCUGGGCUGAGGAGCUGUUCUACAAAACCAAAGUCCCGCUAGAUGAAGAGAAGCAACUAGCUGCUAAUGUGAUGACGUACUGGACAAACUUUGCCAAAACUGGGUAA